AUGAUCCAGAGGUCGGUCGACGCGGCGGCUCAAGCGGCCGUCACUCCUGAAGUAGUGUCGGUGGUCUCUUUGCCCAACACCGGGGACGCGCAGCCAGGUGCACCAGAUACGUUUCACUUGGUUACAAAUGCUUGUCUGUUAGACCCAUCCGUGGCCACACACCGACCAGGUCCAAAGUUGUCACCUGAGCGACCUUGUCUUUCGCAACCCAUCCGCGGACGGGGUCGGCUUUGGCAGCACGGCACGGCUCUGCCGUCUCCUGCCACUAUAAGGAUCCAGACAGGAGCGUAUGAUGCUCUCCGGGACGAGGGCGACGACUAA